AUGAAGGCUUCGUCCCUUGAACGAGAUGUGGCGGUUACAGUGACAAAGACUAAUACGCACAUUGUCUGUCCUUGUACCACAGAGUUGGGCGGCACUGGAGACUGGCAAGACUGGGCAUCGACAGAGACGAUAUUGAUCCAUCCUACCAACCCUGUCAGUCUUACAAACGGCCAUCCCACAUGGGCCGAUUGGGAGUCGGCCAGUGGUGCGAAUAGAGUCCCCUCGACCAAGAGCAGUACCAAGUCGCACUCCUCGAGGACUCGACACAGCAGUGCUCCAACGUCGAGUUCUAGCCAUGACCACCAGACGAGCGGGACUACGACCAUUACAACCUCUCACCGGACUCCCACCCCAAGCCCGACCCUGAGCACCAAUACUACACUUGCGGAAAGCCCGCGUACCACAUCUCGCUCCCACAGCACUUCAACAAGUACUCAUACCACUCCCAGUGCUCCCCAUUCUACGUCAACGACUGUCCAUCCGGUCUCCACAAGCACAGCUCCUGCGCCGAUGAAUACGCAGACCACAACGGCUGCUGACAGAUCAAGUACCAGCACCUCCUCAAGGACCACUCUGUCAACGAGCACCAGUUCCAUUACCUCAACUGCGCCUUUGACUUCUGAUCCGAUCACUUCGACGUCCUCGACAAGUUCAGGGACGACGUCCACAAGGUCCCCUUCCACCUCAUCGCCUUCUCCUGUUAGCACUACUACAUCUUCUGAAACAUCUUCGUCAACCUCUUCGGUCCCAACAACCACCUCGACGUCUACUGAAACCACUACCUCGAGCACCAGCAGCACAUCAACGUCGCCUGCUGACCUCCCGACAACCACGGUCGAUCCUCAGACUACGUCGACUUCGUUGAUAGCAAUUACCUCGAGGACUAGUAGCAGAACUACUUCAACUGCUAUUCCCCAGACAACCACAGUUGAUCCUCAGCCUACAUCGUCCUCGAGCACCACUUCGACCAGUUCAUCGUCAAGCUCCACUCCAUCGCCGAGCUCAGAUCCUGCCACGUCUACUUCGUCUGCUGCAACGACAACGUCCUCGGUCACAUCUUCGACGAGCACAACCCUAAGCACGACUUCCACGACUUCAGAUGCGCCUAUAACCACGUCCACUACCAGCAGCACAACAUCUAUUACUACUACGACAACAACAUCCACAACUGCGACCACGGUAAGUCCCAAGGUUUUCCUCAGGUCCGUCCCUUGA